CGGCGGGACGCGGCGGCAGCCGCCAUGGGCUGUUUCUGCGCGGCGCCCGAGGACUUUUACUGCGAAGUUCUGCUCCUGGAUGAGUCCAAGCUGACCCUCACGUCGCAGCAGCAGGGCGUCAAGAAAUCGACAAGAGGCUCUGUCGUUCUGGAGCACGUGUUCCGGCACAUCGACCUUGUGGAGAUAGAUUAUUUUGGGCUGCGUUACUGUGAUAGAAGCCACCAGACGUACUGGCUGGAUCCUGCGAAGACCCUCGCGGAACACAAGGAGCUCAUCAACACUGGACCUCCAUAUACUUUGUAUUUUGGUAUUAAAUUCUACGCUGAAGAUCCGUGUAAGCUUAAGGAAGAGGUAACCAGAUAUCAGUUUUUCUUGCAGGUGAAACAGGAUGUCCUCCAGGGCCGGUUGCCCUGCCCGGUCAACAUUGCAGCUCAGCUGGGAGCACAUGCCAUCCAGGCUGAACUCGGAGAUUACGACCCAUAUAAACACACUGCAGGAUAUGUUUCAGAAUACCGGUUUGUGCCUGAUCAGAAAGAAGAACUUGAAGAAGCCAUAGAAAGGAUUCAUAAAACUCUGAUGGGGCAGGCACCUUCUGAAGCUGAACUCAGCUACCUGAGGACCGCCAAGUCGCUGGAGAUGUAUGGCGUGGACCUUCACCCUGUCUACGGAGAGAACAAGUCCGAGUAUUUCCUGGGAUUGACUCCUGUUGGUGUUGUUGUCUACAAGAACAAGAAGCAAGUGGGGAAGUACUUCUGGCCUCGGAUUACCAAGGUUCACUUCAAGGAGACUCAGUUUGAACUCAGAGUGCUGGGAAAAGAUUGCAAUGAAACUUCCUUCUUCUUCGAGGCACGGAGUAAGACUGCUUGCAGGCACCUGUGGAAGUGCAGCGUAGAGCAUCAUACAUUUUUCAGAGUGCCAGAAACCGAGUCAAGUUCAUUGUCAAGAAAACUUAGCAAGCUUGGAUCCAUCAGUCAGAAGCACCGGUUCAGGACAGCCUCGCAGAUGAGCCGAGACCUGUCCGUCCAGCUCCCACGGCCAGACCAGAACGUAGCAAGGAGUCGCAGCAAGACGUACCCUAAGAGAGUGGUGCCCACGCAGCCCACAGGAGCCAUCAGCACAAAUCGGAUGACUGUGGACGUGGAGAACGGAGAACAUGAAGGGACAGCUCAAGUUAUCACAGCUUCACCCGGGAAGAGCUUUAAGAAAUCCAAGAAUGAAAACAGUCCUGAUGUUCAGAGAAGCAGGCCCCACGCACCGUGGGAGGAGGACGGGCCGCAGGGGGGGCUCUACCACUCUGCUAAUGACCGCACCAGGUCCCCCAAGUUUCCCUGUACGCGCCGCCGAAACCCUUCCUGUGGAAGUGAUGAGGCUGCGCAGCCCAUGAGAAGAAGGUCACGCUCGCGCUGUAACACCAGCAGCGGCAGUGAGUCGGAAACUUCCAGUAGAGAGCACCGGAAGAAGAGAACCCGAGCCCGACAGGAGAAUGACGUGGUCGACUCGGCGCCUCAGUGGGAAGCCGUGCUCAGGAGACAGAAGGAGAAAAGCCAAGUGGACCCCAGCAGCCGGCGUUCCAGACACCGAUCUCGCUCGCGGAGUCCAGACAUCCAGGCGAAAGAGGAAUUGUGGAGGCACAUUCAAAAGGAGCUCGUGGAUCCCUCUGGGUUGUCGGACGAGCAGCUGAAGGAGAUCCCGUACACUAAAGUGGAGACUCAGGGUGACCCUGUCCGCAUCAGACACUCGCAUUCGCCACGCAGUUACCGCCAGUACCGCCGGUCCCAGUGCUCAGAUGGAGAGCGGUCGGUUCUCUCAGAGCUGAAUUCCAAGACGGACCUGGUUCCCCCCCUGCCGGUGACUCGCUCCGCAGAUGCGCAGGGCUCCGGAGGUGCCACGGUGCAUCAGAGACGAAAUGGGUCUAAAGAUAGCCUCAUGGAAGAAAAGCCUCACGUGUCUACAAGCAACCUGGCUGGGAAACACACGGCAAAAACCGUCAGGACUGUCCAGGCCUCCCGUCUCAGGACCGAGAGCUGACCCUGGCCGUGCCACAGGAGCCACAUUCCUGCUGGAUAGGCCUGCCCCAGGAUGAAGAGCUGACCCGAGCAGAGGGCUGCGGACUGGCCAGGGUGGCACCACGGGCACCCUGACGGGACAAGUGCCU